AUGGCAGAGCUCUGUGAAUGGCCAGAUGAAGAACUCUCCCAGGCUGGAGGCAAUGCUAAUCACACAACUGUUGGCCUCAGUGGCUUAGAAAAUAGUGAAAAAGUUUGCAACAUCUCUUACGUGGGGCUGGCAUCAGGUCAUCAUAAGAAGCAAGGACUGAAUAACCGUACUAACGCUUAUCUGCAAAUACUGUUGGACUUGGAAGUUGAUAGGUAUAAAAAGUACAAGUUGGACGUCAUAUCUUUUGGCAAAGAAAACUCCUUAAAGCUCAAUCUUGGUUACUCCAAGAGUGAAGACAUCCAGAAGGAUGUGCCUGCUCCACGGAUCAGCUGUCCCAAAGGCUCCAAGGCUUAUGCCUCCCACUGCUAUGCCUUGUUUAUGACACCAAAAUCCUGGAUGGAUGCAGAUAUGGCCUGCCAGAAGAGGCCCUCAGGACACCUUGUGUCUGUGCUCAGUGGGGCUGAGGCAUCCUUUGUGGCCUCCCUGGUCAAGAACAGUGUGAACACCUACCCAAAUAUCUGGAUUGGGCUCCAUGACCCCACAGAGGGUUAUGAGCCCAAUGCAGGUGGAUGGGAGUGGAGUAGUGAUGAUGUGCUGAAUUACCUUGCCUGGGAGAAAGACCCCUCCACUAUUGCAAACCCUGGCUAUUGUGGGAGUCUGUCAAGAAGCACAGGAUAUCUGAGAUGGAAAGAUUACAACUGUGGUAUAAAGCUACCCUAUGUUUGCAAGUUCAAGGACUAGGUCUGGGGAGACGUCAAGAGCCUGAGUUUUGCAUACAGCUCAUCAUGGACAUGGGACCAAGUGUAAAGACUACCCCCAAUGGAAAUAUUCUCCUGUACUUCUAACUUGACCACCUCAUUAUGACCUUCCCUUCUCAGCCUCAUUUUGAACUCCUCUGUGUCUUCCAUAAUUUAAGUUUCA